GAAAGAAUCGAAUUGGUUGGGCUCGACCUGACCAGUAGGUUCGUCGAGGGUGAUUCAUCCCUUCGGCAAACCCAGACUAAAAAAUAAAAUAAAAAAAUCCCUUCGGCAAACCCUAAUCCCCAAAUCGAAACACCCCAAGCCAUGGCGAAGCGCCGCCUCCUCGGCUCCAGCUCCGUUGGCCGUCCCGGCCACGUCCUCCUUUGCACACGUGGGUGGCGCGCUAGCAAGCUGGACGUUGUCCGCUGUAUCACCGCGCGCACCACAACGGAAGCUAUGGGAUCCAUGAAGGUGACAAUCCUCAUCAAAGAUCUGCCACCGCUCUCCUACUUCCAUGUUAGCUGCCCCGACCUCGAAGAGGACCACUUCACCCAAAGCCCGGAGAUCCUAUGGUCGUCGGAGUACUGCAUCCUCUUCCGUAUGUUCCCCCGUUCCGGCCGACCACAGUUCUUCAUCUGUAGGGACGAACAGCCCGGGUGCAAGCCGUCGCUUGAUCCGCUCCCUCAACUCGACUCGCAUUUGGCUAGUGAGAGCAUUAGUCCAUACCUCGUCGGGGUCGUUCCCGACUUCGACAGCCAGAACUAUGUCUUGGCCGCUUUCCGAAUGGAUUGUGUUUCACGGAUAUACACACUCCACGUCUUCAGGUCCAAAGGGUCUGUCUGGAGCAAACAUAUUCUUGCCAUCGAUCUUCCUUCCUGGAUAUAUACGAUUCGUCCAGGGCUUUUUCCGGAUAAGGUGAUUGCCUUAGGUGAAGAGGUGGGCUAUGUCGAUCUCUGGAAAGGGAUUCUCUUCUGCAACGUGCUCGAAGAACAGGUGACGGCACGUUUCGUUCCAUUGCCUGACCCACUACCAAACAAUCAAGAAUACUACGACGAAUUUUCAUCAAUUGAAAUACGCGAUGUCACAUGCACUGAAUCCCCUGAUGGCUUCAUAAUCAGAUGUGUUGAGAUGGAAGAUUUAUUCAGUUCCACAACCACCAUCCCUGAAGCCAAUGUAAUAUUUGAUUCUGAUGUUGAUCCAACCAAGAAGGUGGUAGAACCCGAAUGUGUUGGCUGGAGGCUUGUGACAUGGUAUAGGGAGACCUCUUGGAACUAUUGGUCCAAGGAGCAUGUAGUUAAUGUUGAUGACCUCGGAGCUGACUGGUUGCUUCCUUCUAAUCCAUCGUGCGUGCAAUCUUCUUUUCCCAUCCUGUGUGGUGAUGAUGCAGUUUGCCUCCUCUCCAUGAGUGAUGAUUCGGAUGGUGAUGGUUGGAUUGUCACUAUUGACAUAGAGAGGAAAAAAGUGAGAGGGAUAAUAGAAUCUUCUUGUGACCGAUACAUGCUUUUCAGCUCAGCCAUUUCCUGUGCGUCAAAGAAAUAUCCAGAUGUCUCAGGUUCGAUCAUGUCCGCGCCACCGCCCACCCCCUCCCUUUCGCUGCCGAUUGCCUCUUCGUCGUUGAUGACCACCGCGGCCAGCACGCCGUCCCUGAUCGGGCCGGUCUCCUCCGCCGCUUGGACGCCAUCCGCGCCCGCCCCCGCCAUGCUCACCCCGGAGGAGAUGACGGCGGCGCUCCGGGACCUGACUCAGGCGGUCCAGGGCAUCUGCACCUUCCUCGCGGGGCACUAUGGGCUGCAGCCGCCCGCCCCCGUCACCACCAUCACGGGGCCGCAGCAGCUCCCGUGGCAGCCGCCAGCACCGGCGACCUCCGUCGCAUCCAUCAUGCCGCAGCCGCCGCCGCCACCGCCGCCACCGCCACCGGCGAUCUCGGGGCUGGGCCUUCCGUCGACGGCGCCCGGGGUGCCCAUCCACCAGGUCCGUUUUCCCCCAUCGCCAUCUCCGCUACCGGCCUGGCUCGCCGGGUCCAUCGAGCCUGUCUACACGAUGGCCUCAGGACAGCCGCACGUGCUGUCACCGCCGGCGCCGCCCCCGACCAUGCAGUUCGGCGGGUCCUUGGGUGCCGCGGGUCCCUACGAUGGUGUGGAUGGGCCCCUUUUCCAUGGCGGUACUCUGCAGCCCGCACACUCGGCGCCGUCGCCCUCGCGGUUCCGCGCGGGUGACACAUACCCGCCCGUCGUCCAUGCUCAGCCACCGCCGAGAUUCUCCAAGCUGGAGUUCGCGACCUACGACGGCACCGUCGACCCCCUGAAUUUGCUCAACCAAUGCGACCAAUUUUUCAGGGGGCAGCGCACGCUCGCGUCCGACCGCACCUGGAUCGCCUCCUAUCAUCUACGAGGCGCCGCCCAGACGUGGUAUUACGCCCUCGAGCAGGACGAGGGCGGCAUGCCACCAUGGGAGCGUUUCCGCGAUCUGUGCCUCUUGCGCUUUGGUCCGCCUAUACGCGGGAGCCGUCUGGCAAAGCUUGGGCGUCUUCCGUUCCUCACCACAGUGCAAGACUUCGCCGACCGCUUCCAGGCACUGGCGUGCCAUGCCCCCGGCGUUUCGGCUCGUCAGCGGGCUGAGCUCUUCGUCGGCGGCCUACCGGACCACAUCCGCGUGGACAUGGAGAUGCGCAGGCCACAUGACCUCCAGACGGCCAUGUACUAUGCCCGCGCGUUCGAGCGCCGCGCGGUGGCCACCCAGCAGGCGUCACCGCCCCGGGCCGCUGGGCCGCCACCCUGGCCGGAAGUUCCCGCGCAGGGUCGGCCUGCUCAGGCUUUCGCGGCGCCCCUCGCCGCGACUGCGGCACGCCCGUUCCGCCGGCUCACCCCGGCCGAGCAACUCGAGCGUCGCCGCCAAGGGUUGUGCUUCAACUGCGACGAGCCCUACGUGCCCGGCCACGUCUGCCCGCGACUCUUCUACCUGGAGGCUGCAGACUACAUUGAGGAGGACACCGCCGCCGCCGGGCUCGGCGACCUGCCCGCCCCAGCUGACGCAGAGGUGUUUGGUGCCCGUUGAUCACCCCGAGGAAUUCCGCAAGCGCUUCCCCGCCUUCCAGCUCGAUGACAAGUUGUUUGUGCAGGCAGGGAGAGAUGUUAUGGUCGGCAUAUACUACAGCCCAGGCAGUUAGGGGCUUGGCCCAGUUAUCUUAUCAUUAUUAGGGGCUUAGCCCAGUUAUCGUAUUUGGAGAUUAUUUAAACUCAUGUAAGGACUCAUUUGAAGUUAAGCAGAAGCAAUCAUAUUUGCUCGGCUUCCUGAAGGGAGCCGGGAGACCUAACCCUAGCCGCCUCCUCCUGCGCCCUCUCUCUCUCUGUCGCGACGGCGCCCCAGCGCCGGCGACCUCGCCUUCCUCCACGCCAAGCCCCCUUCCACCCCUACAACCUACGAGCUAGACCCGGUAGGAACCCAACUCCUACCAGUAACGGUUUUCUGCUCGCUAUGCCUUUUAGAUGGAGGUCCUCGUCUGUUGAGCAAGACCUCGUCUAUUGAUGCCGAUGGAAACAAGAGAACGAAAUGUGUUUUAGCUGCCAGAGGAGGGCCACCAUAGUACCUCAUUCAAUCCUCAUCAGGUCAAGUAACAUUCAUGAAGCUUGUGUUGUAGUAUUACUUGAAACACCCGCCAUAUAAACCAUAUCAGGCGUAGUUGAUCUUUAAUCUUGAUGCUAAUGUCUUCAAAUAGAAAGUGUAUCUGCAUUAUUCUUCAUGAAAGUUGUCAGCCAUUGCACCUGCCAAUGUGUGUAUAUUUCAUGUCCUACUAUUAUUCCCUGUGCGGAAAUUAUAGGCU